GCGCGGCGCGCGGCGAGGAAGGCCGCCGUUGCCGCGGCCGUCGCUGCCGCGGCCGCCGCGCCGCGGGCGGCGCGGCGGCCGCCUCGUCGGCCGCGCUCGUCGAGCCAGCGGGAACGCCCGGCGCGGUGAUGCUCGGCGCCAAGGUAGUCACGGUGUGGGAGAAACUCGCUGGGGCCUGGCGGUGGUGGCUCACCUCGCUGGGCCCGUUCCUGCUCGCCUGCGGAGCGCUGGCGGCUCUGAGGGGCGGCCUGCUCCCCAAGCUGCACACCCUCUACGUGCGCGGCAUGACGUACAUCCUCCGCGAAGAGAGCCAGGGGGUACAAAACCGUACAAGCAGAGUUAUUUCAAGGUGGCCGAGGUUCCGCUUGCGACGCUCUUGUCCUUCAGCCUGUUCUGCCAGCUCGUCCCAUUCUUCCUGGGCCGCGCGCUCAUGUGGCCGAAGGCCACUGCGGCAGCAGUGCUGUUCUUCAGCAAGGCUUUAGACAUGGGCAGCAAGGUCUGCGUCGGCUGGUUCCUGUACGGGGUCGUGAACCAGAAGAUCGCGCGCUCCUCGCGCGGCCUUGCGCAGAAGAGCGACAUAAUGGGAGCCGAGACCUCACGGCAGGAGGCGCAGGUGCUGGCAGUCGGACAAACAGCCCGGAUCCUCGUCUGCUUCUGCACGUUCCUCGCGUGCCUUCCAGCGCUCUCGAUCGACCUGGGGACAGUGCUGUCGUUCUGCGGCAUGGGCGGCCUCGCAAUCUCGCUGCUGUCGAAGGGCGUCUUCGUCAACCUGAUCGGCAGCCUUACCAUCUACCUGACGCAGCCCUUCACCCUAGGAGAUUUAGGGGAUUGGAUCCAGACCGACGACGGGGAAGUCGACGGCUGGGUCCAGUCGAUGGGGCCGUACCACACGGUCGUCAUGCGCUGGGACCGGCGGCCACUCUACGUGCCGAACUCUCGCUUCCUGCAGGUCCGGAUCGUCAACGCAUCCCGCAUGACCAACAGGAGGGUCCGCAUCGACGUGCCGAUUCGCUUCUCGGACCUGGACAAAGUCGGCGCCAUUCUGGAAGACAUCCGCGAGCUGGUCGAGAACCACAAGAAGGUUGACCCCGAGAUGCACCGCCUGGUCCGGCUGCGGAAGAUAGGGAGGCACGCCGCGUACAUAUGGGUGAGCUGCUACACGCGGGGCAUCAACUUGAAUGACUACGUGGCCGUGAACGAGGACAUAUUGCUGAGCAUCAAGAACAUCAUGUACAAGCACGGCACCACCUUCGCGACCACGCUGCAGCGCGAGCUGAGGCGGGUGGACAGCACGGGCGCGUUCCUCAGCGAACCGCUCGGCUUCCCCUACGGCGGCGCACAGCCCGCCAGCAGGGAGGGGGAGGCGGAGCAGGAGGAGGAGGAGGCCUUCGCCAGGUCGCAGCCGAUGCUGGCCUCGCAGAAGGCCCUGCUGGCCUCGGAGGUGCAGCGCCUCAAGGACAUGCAGGAGGGGAUCUGGGCGCGGGAGCGCGACCUCAAGGAUUCGGAGGCCGCCCUGGAGAGGGACGCGCAGCGGCUGAGGGAGGAGCGGGACGACGUGCCUCCGCCCCCUCGCGCUGAAGCCACGACUUCUGGGGAGCUUCGCUGGGCCCUGGGAUGAGG